AUGCCCUCCUACUGCGCCUCCUGCAAGCUCCACGUCGCCAUAAUAGGCGGGGGAAUCGCCGGCCUCGCCGCCGCUGCAUUUCUCCGGAAAAAUCAAGACUACAGCAUCACCGUCUACGAGCGUCGGGGCCCAGACUCACGGGAAACGUCUGCAGGAUUCGGACUUGGUGUCAACGGUAUUUCUAUUGUCAGGCAGCUCGGGAUCGAUAGGGAGGAAAUCCGCGCGGUGGUCAAUGCCGGGUACCGUACAUACAAUAUCCAUGAGGAGGAAAUGAGCAAGUCACUCAUACCUGUUGGGCCAGAUGGAGAGCCGAGUAUGUGGCUUGUGUAUCGGCAGGAUCUGAAGGAUGCGUUGAUGCGACGGGUGACAGGUGUGGAUGGGGAAGGAGAGGCUAUCGAGAUUGUAUACAACUCCCACGCCGUGAGCGUUGACCCGGAGGCUGGAAUCAUUGGAUUUGCAGAUGGAAGCUUUGUCGAGGCUGAUCUGGUUAUCGGCGCCGAUGGCAUUCGUUCAACGGUCCGCGCAGCUGUAAUCCCGGCUUCACAUCCAGAACCCACGCCAUCCGGUCUUUCGAUGUAUCGGUUCGUCGUUCCAAUGGAUGUCGUCAAGAGCGUCAUAUUGGCACAAGGAGAUAUGCCAGCUAUGUACAACUACGACGACGGGACCUUCAUAGCAAUCAUAGCCGCCGGCGAUAAGGGCAAUCGCAACAUAAUCAUGUACCCCUGCCAGGGACACGGGCUGCUGAACUUUGUCUGUGCGGUCCCGGAUUCCACUCUCAAGAAUCCGGCCAAGUUGGAAUACUCUUGGAACGCCGAGGGAACUGUACAGGAGUUGUUGGAUGAGAUGCACGAUUUCCCCAAGUGGCUGAAACAAGUCUUCAGUCAAGUCCCGCAAGUGGCUCUAUUCCAGGUCCGGGACCAGGAGCCUUUACCCACGUACUUCAAAGGCCGGGCCGUUCUCAUCGGCGACGCUGCUCAUGCCAUGGUGCCUUAUCAAGCCCAAGGAACCAAUCAGGCUCUCGAGGACGUUGAGGGCCUCAAUGUUCUAUUUGAAAAUUCCUGUGACCGUGACAGUGUUCCGGGUAUCUUGAAGGUCUGGGAUAGUAUUCGCCGGCCGCGGGCAUCGGCUGUUCAGGCGGGUUCGAGGGCAGCUCAGGGUAAAGUUGCGACGAAGAAUGCAAGUUCCGCCAUUCUGUCGGUAAAGGCUUAUGUGGGUAUGAAAGAAGCACUUGAGGAGUUGAAGGCGUAA